AGUAACGGCGGAGACGCAAAUUUGUUGCCGCUGAAGUGUGUCUAUGAAGAUGGAGAACGCUUGUUCGAAACUACAAGCGGUCGAGCGGCAGCAGCGAGCGAGUUUCCAUGGCAGGUAUCGAUUCGACGAAAUGGACGUCAUUUGUGCGGAGGUGCGUUACUCCAUGCUGAAUGGUUGCUCACAGCCGGGCACUGUCUCCGUGAUCUUGAUGCACGACAUUUUACGGUUCAAGCCGGGUUCGUACAGGACGACGACGCUCAUAAACAAACGUCGCAGGUCGAAACCGUGAUUCCACAUCCUCUCUUCGGCCAAGAUGGUCAUCGAAACGACAUUGGCUUAAUGAAGGUACUGACCCCUUUUCGCCUUCCCGAUGAGGGAGCAAUUGCUGCUAUCUGUUUGCCACCCAGGGGCUAUCAGGUUAACAAAGGCGGAGUAAUUGUAUCAGGCUGGGGCGUCACCUCGGAAGGCUCCUUCACAGCUUCAACAGCACUUCGAGCAGUAACAGUGCCUGUUAUAAGCGAUGAGCAAUGCACUUCGUCUUAUUCUUCGUUAUGGAAUUUUUUACUCGGCUCGACCCUUCAUCCCGACAGUAUGUUUUGUGCAGGACUUGCCGAAGGCGGAAAGGACGCCUGCCAAGGAGACUCUGGUGGUCCAGCAGUGCAGUUCGUUGAUGGGGUCCCAACUCUAGUAGGCAUCGUGUCUUGGGGAAAAGGCUGUGCACGAGCUGGAAAGCCUGGCGUUUACACAGAGACUGCUUUUUUCGUACCCUGGGUUUUUGAUACAUUACAGAAUUUCUACAAACGACGUGUCAGAGAUAUGUCUCCCCCAGCAACGACAGACGCGACAGAGACUCACUUUGGCAAUAGCCUGUGAAAAGUAUCGUAACCUGAGCUUGCUAAAGCAUAGUUCAAACACAGUGAACACGUUCAAAGUGAUCUAACCAUAAGGCGAAAAUUCUACCGCAUUAUUAUAUCGUAUACAGCGAUAAACACGGCCAUGCAAAACGUCGUCAAUGUGUAGCCUCAAUAACUCGACGCCUGAACGCCUGUGAACCGGGCACACCUAAAAGGACAACUGCAAAAAAACAGUGACCGUCCCUCGGACGAGCUUACGCCUCCCGUAAUACGGGUUGAUGUGAGCGUGUGUUAAGAUUUUUCGUCACUUCGUUAUGUACUUCAGUAGCGGAUUCUGACUUCGAUGGGAUACCUGGUCAGAGAAAUUGCACGAGUAUUCUGGAUCAACUAUUGCUGUACCUUUUGCACUAGCGAAGAAACAAGCAGAUCUCGGUUAGACUUAAAAAUUUCGUCCACCGAAUGCCACGAUGGCGGAAUGCGUAAAGAUCCCAUGUCACAGUCAUUAUAUCCAUUGCAUUCGAAUUUCUAUUGUUCGCUGAAGUUCAGUGAUGUUUACAAAUUUAGCGAGUAUAUAACGCUUGCUAACUGCACAACUAUCAUUUAAUAGAGUCUGUACUGUUACGCCCAAUCUCUAUAUAAUGUAUAAUAUUACCCCUACCCCAGCACGGGCAAUAGGCCUUCAGCGGGAAUAUUCCAGGUACUAUUUUCUAUUUAUUUCAUAAUAAUAAAACAUGAAUGAAAUAACGUUGUUUAACCUGACACUCCAGAUUCCAUUCAAUGAGCUAAAAAUAUACUUUAGCCAAUAAAAAUAGUGGUUCUGACCGACGGUGUCGUAGGCUGUUGCCGGGACACAUAUGGUAACAGUCUAUCCGAGCUAAUGAUUGGUAUAAGUAGUUAAUGACAGCGUAGCUUAAAAACCAUACAUGUGGAUGAAAUAGAAAAAAA